AUGUUUUCCCUACCGAUUGCUUCAAUUUGCCUCCUAGCUCUAAUCAACCAUGCCUAUAGCUUUCCCGCAACGAGCGACGCCAGCAGCGCCAAAGUUCAAGCACCGCCAGUGCCCAUCCCAGAAACCGACUUGAGCGUACAAAUAUUCGCCCAUCGCGAGAAACGUGUGAGUAACGACGAGAUCGCCAGUGUCCUAAUCAAUGCCUACCGGUUCUGCAACCUCUACGGUAAGCGUGAGAUGGUAGUGAGCCCCACAAUCAACAGCGAGACGCUCAGCCUGAAGCUCUUGGCUCAGCCGGGACCAAUUAGAUACGAUGAGGCCUCGGAUGCUUUCUCUGUGAUGAGGCGCUUGGCGCGAGAUGGGCUGUGGUCGACGGAGUUCGAUUUUGACAUCCUCAGGGGAGGUGGCAUUAUUGCGACUGGCUCUGUCCAGGCGAAAGGGGCGGGUGGAGAUGACAAAGCGUCGGUAGCCUUGCCAGACACAGAGAUUGGUCCUCCUCCGUCUUCGAUCCUCUCCGCGCGUGAGGCCAGGCCUCAGGCAGGAGUCGCAGCAGGUAGUACCCUCUCCACUAUCCCCGUGCCUGGCGGUCUAGAUCUCGACAUCACCAUCCCCUUUGUCUAUGAGACGUUAAACACCCGAGCCGCGUCGGCGAUGUUGGGCGGAUUCAUUGACCAUCUCAACAACUACGGCGACGCCCCAAUGACCGAAACCGAGAUUUGGAAUGGUCGCGGGUUGGAGUGUAUCUUCCGCCCUUUAUCAGAUCGGACACGGCGGCCGAUUAAGUAUGAUGAGGCGGCGGCUGUUAUAACGGUCGUCAAAGAACAGGUAGAUCGCGGAUUUGUGACGAGGAGCAUUGAUUUUACUGUCAAGAUUCAUGGGUAUGAUAUUGUGGUUGCGAAGGGGAGGUUGGAUACUAGGCCGGGGACGGAGGCGAUUGGGACGAGUCUUCCGGUCGCCUAG